CAAUGUGUACCUUGUUUUGCAGCGAUUCAAUUUGUACUUUCGGACGAAUUCAGUCAUUUGCGCUCAGAUCAUCGACAAGGACUCAUUCAUGAGGGAACCGGUGAAAAAGUUUCAACCGCCCGAGUUGAGAUCGUUUUCGAUAAUAUGGAUAGACGCAUUGUCGCGGUGGACGCCAACGAGGUACGUGUAGGACGCCAAGUCAGCUUCAAGAAGGAUCAAUAUUUUAUCGAUUCAAAGAUCGUCUCAAGAAGCGAUGUGGUUAACCUGAUGGAGUCUGCUGGCUUCUCGCGCUCGAAUCCCUAUUAUAUCGUGAAGCAAGGAAAAAUCAACGAACUGGCCACUUCGCCUGAUUCACAUCGACUCAAAUUGCUCAGAGAGGUAGCUGGCACUCGUGUCUAUGAUGAACGCAAAGAGGAAAGUUUAAAGAUUCUUCGUGAAACGAGUACGUCGUUUUGUUAUUGUGCGAAGAGCGAGAAAAUUGAAGCGUUGUUGGCCUAUAUCGAGGAGCGUUUGAAAACUUUAGAAGAGGAGAAGGAAGAUCUAAAAGAGUAUCAAAAAUGGGAUAAAAUGAAAAGAUCAAUUGAGUAUACGAUAUAUGAUAAUGAAGUGAAGGAGGCUCGUAAAAAGCUGGAUAAACUAGCUGAACAACGAGAAGAGCUGAACACAAGACAAAGCAAGGUAACAAAUGACUUGCUGAAUGCACAAAAUAGCUCAUUGAAAGCGCAAGCUGAGCAGCGCAAGCUCGAGGCCCGUUUCAAGGGAAUGCGCGAAGAGAAGGAGGCGUUGCUCGGUGAACAGACCGAGCGAUUCCAAAAGAAAACUGAACUCGAACUUCGUAUCAAGGAUCUACGUGAAGAUGUUGAAAAAGAACGGUCAGGAAGGGAUAAAGCGGAAGAUGUGCUGAAUAAACUGAAAGCGGAUAUCCAAGCAAAAGAAGAGGAGCUGAACGAUAUUGCACCAAAAUAUAACGCGCUCGUCGAAGAUGCUGCAAAACUUAGCACUGAUAUUCGAAUUUCGGAACAGCGAUGCAAAGAGUUGUACGCGAAACAAGGCCAUAAAGACCAAUAUAAAACAGUCGAAGAGCGUGAUAAAGUGCUGAACAAGGAGAUUCGUUUCUACGAUCGGCAGUUGGCCGAUACAGAAGACCAGAUCGGCGAAAUUGAACGGAGUUUGCACGAUGAAGAGCAAGAGGAGGAACAACUCAAUCAGCAGAUUAUGGCACUUGGUCUUCGAGCCGAAGAGUGCGUUGAUCAGAUGUCGACCAUCAAUCACAAAAUGGCCGAUUUACGUCGACAGCUGGAUCAAGCGGCUAUCCGACAACAAGAGGCGGCUCGUGAUGAGAAAAGCGCUCGUGACAAUGUUGAGGCUAUCAAAGUGGAGGUGGCACAGGCCGAACAAGAUCUUCGGAAGAUGACCGCUAAGUCGGUUAUGAACGGAGUUGAUAGUGUGCGACGUGUUCUGCAACACUUUCGAGAGCACAAUCGUAACGGGCAAUACGACGCAAUUUUGAAUGGAUAUCACGGCACCCUGUUGGAUCUGUUCAAAUGUGACAGUGUAUACUUCUCGGCGGUUGAGGUUACGGCUGGCAAUCGUUUGUUCUAUCAUGUUGUGGAUGAUGAUCGAAUCGCGAUGAAAAUCUUGAAAGAGGUUAGCGUGCCGCAUUUCUCACUCACUAUCAGACAUAAAUUUUUUGGAUUGUAUUAUUGA